AUGUUUUAUAUAGUCUUUUUAUUUAUCAUAUCAAAUGUAUUUUGUAAAAAUCAACAACAAUCAAUAAUAUAUAUACGUGUUGAUGAAGAAUUACCAUUAUCAACAAUAUUAUUUACAACAAAUAAUACAAUAACUUAUCGUUUAUUUGAUACAGGUAGAAACCAUAAUUCAUUUGUACGUUAUGAUUCAUUAAAUGGUCAUCUAUUACUUGCACGUUCACUUGAUCGAGAAUAUCUAUGUUCUCAACGUAUAUGUUCAUGUACACAAUGUCAAUUAACAAUUGAAUUAAUUGAAUGGCAAAUACCAUAUCGUCUUUUACAACUUAUAUUAAAUAUAGAUGAUAUCAAUGAUCAUAUACCAACAUUUUCAUCAAAAAUUUAUCAAUUUAAUUUAAUGGAAAAUGUUCCUAUUGGAUAUGAAAUAAAUUUAGAACAAGCACAUGAUGCUGAUUUAAAUGAAAAUAGUCGUAUUAAUUAUGAGCUUAAAUAUUUAUAUGAGAAAAAUAAUGAUGGACCAUUUGAUAUUGUGACAAAGAUUAAUGGUGGUUUAACAUUAAAAGUCAUCAAAGAAAUCGAUCGAGAAGAACGAGAUCAUUAUGAAUAUGAAUUGAUUGCUUUUGAUAAUGGUCAAAUAAAAAGACAAAGUUCAACAAUAUUAUAUAUUACAAUCGAUGAUAUGAAUGAUAAUUCCGUUGUUCUAACUGAGACAUAUAUUCGUCUUAAUAUAAGUGAAAAUACACCUGUUGGAACUGAACUAACACGUAUUAAUGCAACAGAUAAAGAUAUUGGAUUAAAUGGAAAAAUUCAUUAUUCGAUAAGUAAUGGUCUUCCAUCAUCUAGUUGGAUGGACUAUUUUCGUAUGAGUGAUUCAACUGGAAUUUUGACAUUAGUCAAUCCAUUUGAUUACGAAUCUGAACAAUCAUAUCGUUUAAUAAUUCAAGUUCGUGAUUUAGGUGAAAAUUCUAUUGCACAUUUUGCUACUAUUGAUAUUUUUAUUACUGAUGAAAAUGAUAAUCGUCCACAAGCAUUUAUAACAUUUGUUGAACCUCUUAUAAAUGAUUCAAUAAUAUCUAUACGUGAAAAUACUCCAAUAGGACAAAUUUUAGCACAUAUUUCUAUAUCAGAUCAAGAUUCAGGUUUAAAUGGUGAAAUGUCAUAUCGAAUUGAACAUGGAUAUGAUUUUAUUGGCAUACGAAUGAUUGAUCAAAAAUCAUUUUUACUUAUUAUUGAACGUUUAAUUGAUCGUGAAAAUAUUCAUAUACAAAUAGAUAAAUUUAUUUUAAUUAUACAAGAUCAUGGACAACCAUCAAAAAUUCUUCGAUUAGAAUAUAAAAUAAUUAUUAUUGAUGAAAAUGAUUCUCCACCAGUAUUUAACCAAUCAAUAAAUUGUAAUAUACAAAUAAAUCCAUCAGAAAAUGAAUCUUUAGAUGCUAAUCAACCAUUAUUUCAAGUUCAUGCAACAGAUUUAGAUAUAGGUGAUAAUGGUCGUUUAUCUUAUUUAAUACUACCACCAUAUAAUAAUUCAUUUGUUAUUAAUGAUCAAGGACAAGUAUUUAAUUUAGAAAUUUUAAAUCAAUCAUCAUAUUAUCAUUUACUUAUAAUGGCUAUCGAUCAUGGAAAACCAAAUCGAUUAAAUUCAACUCAUCAUUGUUAUAUAUCAACAGCAAUAAUGAAUAUUUUAGAUAAUUUAAUUGAAUAUGAAAAUAUGUCUUUGUUAAAUAUAUCAUUUAAAAAUAAUAAUAAAAAUAUUCAAUGGCCAUUAUCAAUAUUUGAUCAUUAUUCAUAUUUAGUUAUUGGUUUAUUUACACUUUUUCUAUUUAUUUUUAUUAUAAUUAUAACAAUUUGUAUAACAUUAUGUUUAUACAUAGUUAUAUUUGGUUAUCGAAAAAAUCGAAAACAGAAAAAAACUUAUCAUUGUUCAAAACAAUACAAUUUAUAUGAUACAGUACAUAGUAAAUCUCCAUUUAUACAUGAUGAAAGUGGUUGUAGUAGUAAAUUAGAUGAUAAUGAUGAUAGAACAUCAGAAGAACGUGAAAGACUUGUUAAUUUAAAUAGUAGUGAUCAAACAUCAUGUGAAUCAUCGGAUUCAAUGAAUAAACAAAUACGAAUAAUAAAUAAGAAUUCAGUUAUGCGUCCAUUAUCCGAUCAUCAAAAUUUUUCACGAAUAGUUCGUAAUAGUUAUCCACCAUCGCCUUAUAUUUCAUCAAUGCCUUCUGUUAUCAUUCCACCACCAAAACCUCCUCGAGAUAGCGGUUAUGAAUCUAUUUGUUUAUUAAAACAGCAACAAAUAAUGCCUGGUCGACCAUUAUCAUUAUCAAUUUCAACAGCAACAACAUAUACAAGUAGUGGUACAGAUUCAUCAUCAUCACCACUUCCACCACCAUUAAUGAAUACAUUUCGACCGCCUUAUUUAUCAUAUAAAUAUAAUGUACCGAUAUCAAGUGUUGUUCGUCUUGCCGAAGAAGAAAAGAUGGAUGUUUAA